AAUCUUUUUAUGGAUUUUAGAUCAUUUGUGGUAUCAUAAUAUUUUUGAAUAAAUGAAUGUUCUUUUUUGGUUUCAUAAAGUGACAGUUGAAUAUAAAUAAAGAAUCAUUAUGUAUUUAAUAUUAUUAUAAAAAUAAAAUUCAUAUGAUGCAUAAGAAUUGAAUAUUCUUAUGCCUAUUGAUACUUAUUUGUUUACAUUUGAAUUUUCAUUUAUUUUAGAUUGAUUAAGAUUUAAUUUAAAAAAAAUGAAAAAAUUUAAACAUUUGUCAAUUUCGUAUUGGAACAUUAAUGAAAUAUCCUCCAUUAAUAUCAUCAGAUUCAAAGUAAGUUUUUUGUUAUUAAUUAUUUAAUUUAAAUAAGAUUUUUAAAGGAUAUGUAUUUACAACUGGUGAUGGAUGUGUUUAUGUUUGGAUUGUUAAAACUGGAGAAUGUUUAAGAUUAAUAAAUCAUAAUACAAAUUCAAUAGAUCAACAAACAAUUGUUUCAAUUGCAAUUAAUCCUAAUAAUAGACUUCAAAUAUUUUUAUUCAUUAUGUAUUCACUUAAUCGAAUUGAAUCAAUUCGUCAUAAUUGUUCUCCAAUAAUAUUAUUUGAAAAACUUCCAUAUUUAUCAACAAAUAUUUCAUUUGAUAAUAAAGUAUUUAAAAAAAGUGAACCAACAUUUCGACCAAGACUUGGUGCACCAAUAAUUCAUGUUACUUCAUCAAAUGGUCAAACAUUUUAUGCAUGUACUCAUUCAGAUAAUACUCUUCAUUUAAUUGAAAGUAAUUUAUCAAUUCAACGAACAAUUGGAGGAAUUAAUCAUAUGUUUCUUCCACAACAAGCUUCAUUACCAGCCGCUCUUGUUAUGAAUAGUGGAAAACCAGAUUAUCUUCAAUUUACGUCAAUUGAUAAUGGAAAAUUACUUUACAAAUUGGAUAUUGUUGGAGAAAAUUAUGUAUCACCAAAUGAAAUAGCUGAACAAUGUGUUUUUACAGAUAUUAAACGUUUAGCUAUUGAUCCAACAGAUACAUGGUUAGUUACAUUUGAAGAACGUUCAUCAAAUACAAAUUCUGAUGAUCAUCAAAAUGAAAGAAAACUUAGAUUUUGGAAAUUUAAUCAAACGAAUAAUCAGUAA